AUGUCGAAGAGACACCAGAAAAGCAUCGAGAAACAAUUACUCGAUUUGGUGAACUCCUCCGGCAACAAUAAUAAAUGUGGAGAAUGUGGCUCGACAUAUCCAACAUGGGCCUCGUACAACUUGGGUAUAUUUCUAUGCGGACGAUGUGCUUCAGUGCACAAGAGAAUCUUGGGUCCGCCAAACAACGACAUUUCAAAAGUCAAGUCGCUUACAUUGGACAAUUGGACCGAUGAACAAGUGCGGAGAUUAAGUCAAAUCGGGAACCAAAAAGCCAGAAGGAAAUGGAAUAGCCGCAAGGUGCCAUUCCCCUUUGAUGGCAACGAUGAUGUUUCUGUUGUUGAGCUGUACAUCAGAGACAAGUACAUCUUGCGGAAAUUCCGUGACGAUGACAGUAAUACAAAUGAUCAUUUUGAUAACAAUGGCAAGUCGGAGUAUGGCGAUGACAGAGAUGGCUAUUUGAGCAGCAGCGGUAGGAGGUCCACCGGUAAUAGACUGAGAUCGAAUAGUGGCUUCAGCAGCACCGCGGCGGGCCCCGUCCCCAGGUUGACGCAUAGAAAAUUGACAACGUAUGAAUAUACACAAUAUCGAGUGCAAGUCAACAAGAUCCGAGGCUUUGGAUAUAAUGACACCGAUGCCAUUUUGGAAAGUUUACUUUUGAGCUCGGGGAACAUUGACGUGGCGUUGGAUAUCUUGGAACAGGAUGCCAAAAUCAACCCUCGCAAGGAAGAGACUGCACCUUCGUUGCCCUCGAGACCUCGUGCCCUGACCCAAGCUUCAAAUAGCAUCCCCGCUACCGCCAAUUCAGCUGCCGCCUCGUAUGAUUGGCUAAGCGAUACCCCGACGCCAGCCUCAGUUUCGAACCCCGCCAUGUCUGCCAUGUCCGCUAUGCCCACGGGUAUGCCGCAAAUAUAUCAAUAUACUGAUCCCAUCACGGGCCAAAUCUCGUACGUAGAUUCCAACGGCCAAGAAUAUCUUGACCCCAAUAACCCGCAACAUCAGCAGCAGCUCAUGGCUAUGAACAAUCCGCAAUUGAUGGCGCAGCAGACCAAUAAGCAGAAUAUCAUGUCGUUGUAUAGCUACCCUACCGGUCAACCCACUGGUCAACCCGCUGGUCAACCCGCUGCACAACAGCAGCAGGCUCAGCCGAAUGGGUUAAUGCAGAUGCAGAUGCAGCAACAGCAACCACAAUUCACUGGGUUUGGACAACCACCACAACAACAACAGUUUAAUGGGUUUGCGCAACAGCCGCAACAAUCGGGGUUUUAUGGACAGCCGCCACAGGGCUAUGGACGUCCAUAUUGA